GAUAUUUCGCUUUAAAUAGACGAUGCUGGUUAGUCAAAUACUGCGAUCGGGGUAUAUGGUGAACAGAGAAUAAGCGUUAUUCGUUAAUUCAAGAUUUUUCCAGCUUCGUCAGGUUGUUUUAAGUUCAAAUAAAUUCAAUUCAGAGCUUGCUAGUGCCUGGGACUACCUUUGACUGGAGAUUGGGGUUGAAUAUUACACUGUGGAAUAUAAGGAAUAGAACAUAGAAGUGCUUCUUUAAGAGCGGAAGACAUGGGAAAAGACUUCUACAAGGUGCUGGGCAUCGGACGUAAUGCUUCCGAUGAUGAAAUCAAAAAGGCCUACCGGAAAAUGGCACUGAAGUUCCAUCCAGACAAAAACAAGUCUCCGGGUGCUGAAGAAAAGUUCAAAGACAUCGCUGAAGCCUAUGAAAUUCUGAGUGAUAAAACAAAGAAGGAGAUCUUUGACAAGUAUGGAGAGGAGGGUCUGAAGGGGAAUAUGGGCGGCGGCGGCGGCGGAGGGAUGGGCCAGCCGGGUGGCAUGGGCGGCAUGGGUGGAGGCCAGGGCUUCACCUACGCGUACCACGGCGACCCGCGCGCCACCUUCGCCCAGUUCUUCGGCACCAACAACCCGUUCGAGACCAUUUUCACACAGGGCAUGGGCGGCAGCGGCGUCAUUUUCGACGAGGAGAUGGACGCCGGAGACGGCGGCGGUCCGUUCGGCCCGCGGCCCAGCACGUUCCGCUCCCAGUCGUUCCACACGGGCCCGCCGCCGAAGCAGCAGCGUCAGCAGGCGCGCCAGCAGCAGGACCCGGCGCUCGAGCACGACCUCUACGUGGCGCUGGAGGACAUCGCCAAGGGCUGCACCAAAAAGAUGAAGAUCUCGCGGAAGGUGCUCAGCCCCGACGGUCAGUCGCUGAACCGAGAGGACAAGGUACUGGCCAUUAACGUCCGGCCCGGAUGGAAGGCCGGCACCAAGAUCACAUUCCAGCGCGAGGGAGACCAGGGGCACGGCAAAAUUCCCGCCGACGUGGUUUUCAUCAUCCGGGACAAGUCCCACGCGGUGUUCAAGCGGGACGAGUCCAACAUCAAGUACGCGUGUCCGGUGACGCUGAAGGACGCGCUGUGCGGCACCACCGUGAUGAUCCCCACGCUGACCGGGGAGAAGGUGCCGCUCGACCUGUCCAAAGAGGUCAUCAAGCCGACCACCACGCGCCGCCUGCUCGGCCGCGGUCUGCCCUACCCCAAAGAGCCGAACCGGCGCGGAGACCUAAUCGUUACAUUCGAUAUCAAGUUUCCUGACAAGAUAUCCGAAAGCGCUAAAGAGAUCCUGUCUAGCAUCUUGUGAAGUGUGCUCUGGACAUCAUGUGAUAAGGUGUCAGAGCUUUCCCUAUUUCGGGCCGCAAGUAGAGAUGAGGCUGCAUGAGUGCAUGGGGUGGUGCCCAGGGCUCCUAAUAAUCCCUCGUCGGGAAGCGGGCGGUGUUCCAACCGUGUGGAUAGUGUAGUUUCGGGAUCUUCGACUGCCGGGGACUCCUAUAUCAAGCUUGACCGCAUUAUAACUUGAUCUUAUUGUUAGAAUCCGCUUCGUCGAUGGUAGAUCCUGUGCGUUGGUGUUUUGUUUUGCGGAACCACCGUUCAUUCCCCUUUAGCGUUCCAUGUUUUCAGUUUGGUUGUUGCAGUGUUGUAAAUUUGAUCGCUCUUCUCAAAUCAGCGGUGUAUUGAGAAAUCGUGCACCGAAAUGGUCUGUGGACCCUAAACAAAAUUGCCUGUCCUCUGACAUGUAUUAUUAUUUACGUAUUGGUGUCCGGUUCCUACAACGCGUGACGCUAUGAACUGCUUGACGUAUAAUUGAUCACAUGUACGCUCCCCGCUAAAUGUCUGCUAAUAUGACAGCACGUGUGUAUUUUGACGGCAUUGAUAAUCGCUAAGCGACUCUACUUUCGGUUCGGUUCUACAUGUCCGAAUUAUUUCGUUGUGAUUCUUUGGCCCCGCGUUUCCUGGUCUCAGAUGUAUGUGAACGUGGCAUGUUGUCUAUAUGUUCACGCCUUAUUCGCGUGGUUGUCCGUAGCGGCAGGCAAACCAGUACGUCUUCUAUUGAGAGAUACCAAAUAAAACCCAUUUUGUUUUCUAGACCAGC